CCUUGCACUCCAGGAAGCUGAGCCUCUUGCAGCAGCUCUUUUGACCAGUGGGGGGAGGCAGCAUCCCAGCAACUCACUCCCUGAAGACCUGUAGGUAGGAAGGGAGAGAUUCGCGUUCAAAAUCUUUUUGACUCUAUCCGCUCUCCGUAGCGCCUUAGCCCGCUCGAGUUUCAAUGCGCGUUGUUGUUGGACGAAGCUGAGUCCUAUACACCGCCUGCUGCUCUCCUGAUCAUGGCUUCUCCGAGCUCCUUCACCUACUAUAGCCCUCCAUCUUCCUCCCCUGUCUGGUCAGAGCCGCUGUACAGUCUGAGGCCGGAGCACGCGCAGGAGCGGUUGCAGGACGACUCGGUGGAAACAGUCACGUCCAUAGAACAGGCAAAAGUGGAAGAAAAGAUCCAAGAGGUCUUCAGUUCUUACAAGUUCAACCACCUUGUACCAAGGCUCAUUUUGCAGAGGGAGAAGCACUUUCAUUACCUGAAAAGAGGCCUUCGACAGCUGACAGAUGCCUAUGAGUGUCUGGAUGCCAGCCGCCCAUGGCUCUGCUACUGGAUCCUGCACAGCUUGGAACUGCUUGACGAGCCCACCCCCCAGAUGGUGGCGACGGAUGUAUGCCAUUUCCUGGAGCUGUGUCAAAGCCCAGAAGGUGGAUUUGGAGGGGGCCCUGGUCAGCACCCACACCUUGCACCCACGUAUGCGGCAGUCAAUGCACUAUGCAUCAUUGGCACCGAGGAGGCCUAUGACGUCAUUAACAGAGAGAAACUUCUUCAGUAUCUAUACUCGCUGAAACAACCUGAUGGCUCUUUUCUCAUGCACGUUGGAGGUGAGGUGGAUGUGAGAAGUGCAUACUGUGCCGCGUCGGUAGCUUCUCUGACCAACAUCGUCACUCCAGACCUCUUUGAGGGCACUGCUGAAUGGAUAUCAAGGUGUCAAAAUUGGGAAGGUGGAAUUGGUGGGGUGCCAGGGAUGGAAGCCCAUGGAGGCUAUACUUUCUGUGGCCUGGCUGCCCUGGUCAUCCUCAAGAAGGAACGUUCCUUAAACUUAAAGAGCUUAUUGCAAUGGGUGACAAGCCGGCAGAUGCGGUUUGAAGGUGGAUUUCAGGGCCGCUGCAACAAGCUGGUGGAUGGUUGCUACUCCUUCUGGCAGGCGGGGCUCCUACCCCUGCUGCACCGGGCGCUGCACGCUCAAGGCGACCCUGCCCUCAGCAUGAGCCACUGGAUGUUUCAUCAGCAAGCCCUGCAGGAGUACAUUCUUAUGUGCUGCCAGUGCCCCGCGGGGGGACUGCUGGAUAAACCUGGCAAGUCGCGGGACUUCUACCACACUUGCUACUGCUUGAGCGGCCUGUCCAUAGCUCAGCACUUUGGCAGUGGAGCCAUGUUGCACGAUGUGGUCCUGGGUGUGCCUGAAAACGCUCUGCAGCCUACUCACCCUGUGUACAAUAUUGGACCGGAAAAGGUGAUCCAGGCCACCAUGCACUUUCUGCAGAAGCCGGUGCCAGGCUUCGAGGAGCGUGAGGAUGAGGCAACAGCAGCACCUUCCAAUGACUAGAGGAUAUGGGGUCCCGAGCCUCUGUGUUCCCUGCAGCUCAGUGUUCACCUGUUCAGACCAAGGCUUAUACGUUCUGAUACAUACUGCAUUCUGUGCUGCACAAGCCUUGGCUACGACGGAGCUGUGGUUGUCCUUUAUUGUCAAAAGCGAUGACUCUGGGUUUUGAGAACACGGUGGCAUGGUUUUAAAAAAAUUCUUUCCACUCCUAUCAAACCAAAACUCUAUCAGCCCAUGCCGCAUCUAAACCCGGCUCAGGCCUGGCCAGGGUUGGUUGGGAAACAGUGCAUGCUGAGAAGAAGCGGCCCCUCCCCUCCAGCUCUCCAGCCCAGGCAGUCUUAUUGAAAUGAAUGACAUCCAUGAGUAUUACAGCAUCCAGAGCCACUGCUGCGAUUCCCACUUGCAUGACACUAUUAAGUCUCCAGGAAGGUACCCUCCUGUGAGUGGAAAUAAAUCUGCUCCAUGCCAAGGGAGGGGCUUUGGGUCCCACCAAAAUGAAUUCUUCAGAAAAAAGCAUGGCGGGGCUUCACUAGGAGGUGUCCAAGACUCUCACCUCCCUCCCUGGUCAUUUUCAAGGGAAAGGAGCUGGGUUGGAGGAGAGAGGUCUCCUUGAGUUGUGAGUCCCUCACCCUCCACACUGGAGAACUGAGCCACACAUCUCUCCAAGGCUGCCCAUGGUGCCUGGGCAGGAUUUGCUUCAGCCCCAGGUGUGGGAAACCAAUUAUGAGCAGAACAUGAACCUCUAAUUUAACUCUAUGUCAGAAGAAGCAGCUCCAGUGCCCACACCCUCACCCCACCCCAUCAUGUACCGUGAAAAUCCCCUCUGAUGGCCUCAAGGCAGCGCCUGCAGCCCGUGGCCAUUCUGCGUGUUUCCAUCUUUCUUCCACCAAACUCCCAGCCCACCCUCCUCAAAGACAGUGUUGUCUCUUCUCACCCAGAUUAUUAACACGACUAAGUCUUUCACCUUAAUUUCUGACUCAGGAUUUACUCACAUCCUGCCCACUAAGACUCAAAGAAAUAAAAUCAAGUGCUAGACAAGCUGGCUGCUGCUAAGGCAGUAGCCACAUGAUCCUGGCUGUGGCGCGGCUGAGGGCUACCUGGUGUGUUCAGCCUGGCAGGGCCUCUGCUGCUCACACGGAACCCUUUCUCCACCUGUGGGGUAUUGGGUCAUCUGUCCACAUGUCACAGCAAGUUCCAUGUCGCAGACCAGGCUUUCAUGUAAGCAGCCAUGGCUGUGGGCAGAUGGGAGCUCAGAGACGCAGCAUGAGGCUCUUCUCAGAAACUGGCCAUUUGCUGCCUCUAAUUCCCCAUUGCUUUGGCGUACUGGACUAUGUAUUACCUCCUUGAAAUAAUAAAAGAUUAACAUUUUCUA